AUGGCUGAAGUUGCGGAUUCAGGAGCAGGACCCGGUCCCCUCGAGCCGCAGGCUAGACAUGUUGUAUACUGUGGAGUCUGCACUCUACCCCCAGAGUACUGCGAGUUCGGCGGCACGGCGAAGAAAUGCGAGGAAUGGCUUGAGGCUAAACAGCCUGAUCUUUGGAAUAGAUUAUACUCGGAGGACGCAGUAACAGCAAACCUCUCAACCCUCUCCCUCUCCGCCCAAGAACGCGCCACAAAAGACGCCGCGAAAAAAGAAGCCAAAGCCGCCCAAACCGAAGCGCGCGACGCGGAGCGCAAAGCAGCUUCAAAAAUCCAAAUCAAGCGGGUAGAGCGCAACAAGCGCAAAUACGUCACCGUGAUUAUCGGCCUUGAAGUAUUCGGAUUAGAGAAUAAGAAAUUGGCCAAGGAUUUGGGGAAGAAGUUUGCGACUGGGUCUUCUAUGACUCGUUCUGCGGCCGGGACGGAGGAGAUUACUGUUCAGGGAGAUGUUAGUGAGGAUGUUCGGGAGUGGUUGCUUGAGGUUCAUGGGGAUAAGGUUCCACGGGGGAAUAUUGAGUUGAUUGAGGAUAAGAAGAAGAAGAAGGCUGAUGCUGCGGCUGGUAUUGUUUAG